GCUAUCAUAUUACAUUCGCGGGUUGCACAGACCUCAGAACUUUCCUGAAUUUGUUACAUUGCGUAAAUAUAAUUUAUAUAAUUUGCAGUUCGGACUGCAAAUUCGUAAAAUACACCAUUGACCAUUGAAGUCAAGUUCUUCUACGGAGACUACUGUAGGGAAUGGCAGAUAAACUGCUAUUCGAUGCGAGGAAGGAGUUGGUGGAGAGAGUAUCGAGCCAUGUGCUCUUGCAGCUGCUGGAUGACCUUUUGCAGGACAGGGUUCUGAACGACGGAGAAAAGGACGCUGUGAUCGAGGAGAACAAAAGCACAGCAGAUAAGGCGCGAUGCCUCUUGGAUAAAGUGCGAAAGCGAGGCCCGAAGGCUAGUGGGAAAUUCAUCUCCCGGCUGCAGGAACGAGACCCUGACCUGUGUGAGCUCCUGAACCUGGGCCCGGUCUCGCCACCUGCACCGCAAGCCCCAUCGGAGCUGUCCCUCCCGCUCCCUCAGCAGGAGGUGACCUGCUCGCCAUCUCAGCAGGAGGCUAGCGCAGUGCUCAUCCCCUGCACCCCACAGUUCAAGAAGGCCCUGCUGGAGAAGGAGGGGGCUGAGAUUUACCCCAUGAAGGAGAAGGGUCAGCGCAAGCGCAUGGCUCUGCUCAUCAACAAUGUCAAGUUUGACCACCUGUCUGAGAGGCGCGGGGCCGAAAAAGAUAAAGAAAACAUGGAGAAACUACUCGAAGCGCUGGGCUACACUGUGGAGCCACACAGGGAUCUGUCUGCCCAGGACAUCGAUGAAGCUGUCAAAAGGUUCUCUCAGCAUCAGGCCCAUUUGGAGUCGGACAGCACGUUUGUGGUGAUCAUGUCCCAUGGAAAGAGGGAUGCCAUCUGCGGGAUCCACUAUAACCCUAAACACCCCCAGGAAAAUAACCUCUUCCUCAUUGACAAUAUCUUCACACACCUCAACACAGAGAACUGUGCUGGGCUGCGCAACAAACCCAAAGUCAUUGUGAUCCAGGCGUGCAGAGGGGGUGAAAUCGGGACAGUCUGGGUGAGUGACAGUGCUUCCGCGCCCAAAUCUCUGGAGGAUGACGGCAUGUGGAGGGAACUCAAGGAGAGAGAUUUUGCCUGUCUCAUGGCCUGCACCCCUGACACCAAGGCCUACAGAGAUCGUGAGAAAGGAGCCUUUUUAAUCCAGAAGCUUGUGGAGACCAUCAAAACACACGCCCACAAGGACCAUAUUGAGGAACUGUUCCGGAAGGUUAGAAAUCAGUUUGACGGUUCCAAACUUCAGAUGCCAGUCACAGACAGAACGUCUUUGGGCAAGAAGUUCUACUUAUUCCCUGGACUGUGAUCCCUGCCUUCACCGGCCUAUUCCAGAUGAAUCCACUUUUUAAAAUCCAGAUUAGUCAACUGCUCUCUUAAUCCAGAUUAGUCAACUGCUCUCUUAAUCCAGAUUAGUCCACUGCUCUCUUAAAACAGAUUAGUCCACUGCUCUCUUAAUCCAGAUUAGUCCACUGCUCUCUUAAUCCAGAUUAGUCCACUGCUCUCUUAAUCCAGAUUAGUCCACUGCUCUCUUAAUCCAGAUUAGUCCACUGCUCUCUUAAUCCAGAUUAGUCCACUGCUCUCUUAAUCCAGAUUAGUCAACUGCUCUCUUAAUCCAGAUUAGUCCACUGCUCUCUUAAUCCAGAUUAGUCAACUGCUCUUAAUCCAGAUUUGUCCACUGCUCUCUUAAUCCAGAUUAGUCCACUGCUCUCUUAAUCCAGAUUAGUCCACUGCUCUCUUAAUCCAGAUUAGUCAACUGCUCUCUUAAUCCAGAUUAGUCCACUGCUCUCUUAACCCAGAUUAGUCCACUGCUUGCUUUCUUUAUAGGGGCGACGUGGCUCAGGCAGUAAGAGCAAUCAUCUGGCAGUCGGAGGGUUGCCGGUUCCACCCCCCACCCAGGCUGUGUCGAAGUGUCCCUGAGCAAGACACCCAACCCCCAAAUGCUCCUGAUGAGCUGGUCGGGGCCUUGCAUGGCAGCCAAUCGCCGUCGGUGUGUGUAUGAAUGGGUGAAUGGAGAAGCAUCAAUUGUGCAGAGCUUUGGAUAAAGGCGCAAUAUAAAUGCCUGCCAUUUACCAUUUAUCCAGAUUAGUUAUUGGAGGCAGCUCUUGUUGUGUUAAUUAUGACUUUAAAUAGCUCCAAUAAUACAAAUUGUAAGAGACGUGACCAAUUAAAUCAAUUUUCU